UAGGCCUACGUAUGUCCUGUUUGGAGCGACGUCACAGCAACCAGGAAGUGACUUGUAAACAGACCGUGGAUGUAUUAUUAUAGCACGAUACUUGAUAAUUACUUUGCGCUACUUUGUAGUUACUUUGGCCACGUUGUUUUCAUGGAAACUUUGAUACAUAUUUUAUCUUUAUGAUGGAGCCAGACGCGUGUAUAGCUGCACUAAUGCGACCCUGUGUUCAAGUGAAGGACAACCUAGAUUCAGGACGCAGACAGGCAGUUAAAUGACAGAGACUGUCACCAGAAUGAUCAGUCACACGCUGCGGGCGGCCAGACGUGCCUUCCCUCCCGGUCUGCGCUGCUUUUCUCACACUUCUGGCGGGGAAAUAAUUGAGGAUGUGUUUGACUGGGCAGGCUCUCUACGCCUCACAAAGCAGGCGUCUCUCUACGUACACCAGUGGCCUUACUGUCUCAGAAGAUGCUCCUACUGCAACUUUAACAAGUAUAUACCCAGAAAGAACAAUGGCCACAUAAUGACAGAGUGCCUUAAGCGGGAGACUGAGACACUGCUGCAGUUCAGUCAGGUAUCCUGCAUUACCUCAGUAUUUUUUGGUGGUGGGACUCCAAGCCUGGCUCACCCCUCAACUAUUGCUGCAGUCCUGGAAACUGUUUCCAGGCAGGCGAAUCUCUCAGACAAGGCCGAGGUCACACUCGAGGUCAACCCUACUCCUGUGGGAAUGUCAAAGUUAGAGGAUUAUUGUCGUGCUGGGGUCAACCGUUUCUCCAUCGGUGUCCAGUCUUUGCAGGAUGAGGACUUGAAAAUUCUGGGCAGAGACCACAGUUCUCAUCAGGCUUUGCAAACUAUUGAAGAGGCCAGGAGGCUGUGCCCCGGGAGGGUGUCAGUGGAUGUCAUGUUCGGACGCCCCAAACAGAGCAUUGACUCCUGGGAGAAUGAGUUGUCUCAGCUGUUGAGGGUUUGCGACGACCACGUGUCUUUGUACCAGCUGACCUUGGAGCGAGGCACCCAGCUGUUCAAACAGGUGCAACGAAGAGAAGUGACUGUGCCUGCUGAAGAUGUGACAGCAGAGAUGUACCAGUGUGCCAGGAGGACUCUCCACCAGCAUGGCUUUCUGCAGUACGAGGUGUCAAACUUUGCAAGACAUAACGCAGUGAGUCAUCACAAUAUGAGCUACUGGAAGGGAAGACAGUACAUCGGUGUCGGCCCAGGAGCACACGGGCGGUUUGUUCUUCGGGGUGAGGGAGGUGUUGCUCGGGAGGCCCGGACCCAGACUCUGGAGCCCGAAGUCUGGAUCUGUGAAGUCCAGAAGAGGGGACAUGGGACGCGGAGGCGGAUUCAACUCAGCCAUCAUGAACUAUUGGAGGAGGUGCUGGUGAUGGGAAUGAGAAUGAACGAGGGCAUUAAUCACAAGCAUUGGGAGUUGUUUAGUCCUCAACUGGGCCUCCAUGAAGCCUUUGGUACGUCCGCCAAUGUCCAAGAGUUGCUACGGAGUGGACGACUCAUUCUUGAUGACAGGGGUCUGCGCUGCUCCUGGGAUGGGCUGGCCUUACUGGACAGCAUACUGCCAGCUCUACUGGUGGAGCUGCAAAGACUUUCAGAGACAACAAAGAAGACCUCCAACACGUGAUGACAGUAAUGUUAGUAGGGCGGAUAACCUCAGAGAAAGCUUGUUUGUGGUUUAGCAUGACAGGACAUGUAAAACAUCCUGAAAAAAGGCCAAAUCCUCACAUCUCACAUGUCCUAUUUAAGUGAAUUAUCAAUUGAGUUUUUCCCUCUUCAGUGUUUAGUUCUCAUGGUAACUCAAACCACCUUAAAUUGACCCUCAUUAUAGUGGCUAUAAAGAAAUGAAACUGGCCCCGCUGGCUUUUACAUUAUAUUGACCAUGUAGCAUGCUGUAAGAAUUGUCAUCACCCUAGUUUAUAUUUUAAAAGCCUCCAGGUGCUAUUAUGCAGUUAUUGCUAGUCCUGAAAUGUUUCUCAUUAAGUAAUUUACUUGUCAUCUAAACAUAAUUAUUACUCACUCUUUCGGUGCACAGGAAAUUGUUCGAGUUGACGUCAAUAGCCUUUUCAGUAUGUGUCUGUAUUGAGAAUACUACAUGCAAUAUCUGCAUGUGCAUGGUCAUUUCAAAAUAUGAUACUGUGGAUAGCACAUGAACCAAAACAAUAUUCAUUUCCUGGCCUUGGAUCCUAUGCUUUCUUUUAAGAGACUCAAACUCUUUGUUGGAACAUAUAUGUACAAAUUAAUUCUUAUAAAUGGUUAGAUUGGAGAACAAUCUUUGGAAGUGCUUCUGUAAUUUCCUGAUUAUUACCUUGAAAUUUCCCUGGGAAGAUCUAAAGAGUCGAUGUUUGGUUUCAGCCAUUAAACAGCUAAAACAAUGCAAUUCAGCGUAUAUGAAGAAUAAAUUUUACAAUAAUAAAUGAAAAAUGGAUUUUAAUGGAGCAGAUAUUUGAAUAUAUUCCUCUGGAAAUUUACCGCUGCUUAUAAACUCAACAAACUAUCUAAAGUCAAACAGUCAGAACUUGACUAUAGGGAAAGGCAUAGCAAUAGUAGUAAAGUGAAAGUUAAAUGUUUAAUGUUCGCUGCUGUUUUUCAAAGACAAAUUUCAAUCAAACUCAUGCCACAAAUCAAAAUGAUAGAUAUUACAGGAGAGGAAGUAAAUGACAAACACCAGUGGCAAAUGAGCUAUCACUUUCUCACAAGGACAAUUGCUUUUGAAGUGUUGUUAUAGCUAGAGUGAUUCAUAAACAUUGACUGAUCCAGCCACUUCAGUUGUGUUCUUGGUGAAAGGACAUGCAAGUGUUUCCUCUCAUUAUGGAUAAAUUAAAGAAUGGACUGAUGGACAGAGUGUCCACAUAACUGCCCAAGUCCCUGUUGUCAUGGACACUGGAGGUGUGAAGUGUGAGCACUAAUAAAUUGUGUUCACUCUCGUCUCUUA